AUAGCACCGCCUCUUAGAAGACAUAUCCACUACUAGACGCAUAAACUGUGGAAUACAGAAAAACAUCAUAAUUCAGCAAAUUUAAAGCCCACGCACUGGGGCCUUUGAAAGAUCUCCAUCAAUAGGUGCUUGCAAGAACGGUGGAAGACGCCGACCGUGUUGAAUGAGACCGUUGAGAAACAACUUCCUUUCAUGUCACUUAAACAGAAUUCGCCCCUGAAUACGUCGUCAAUAAAUCAUCGUUUUGAAGUGUAAGCUUCUCUGGGGAACGCUUUUUUUUUUUUUUUCAAAUACAUUUUGGCAACGCUGGUGAAACGGAACAAUUAAAAAGAACAAUGAAAAACAGCGAAAGAAUGCUAUGUGAAUGUUAGUCCUGGUAAUAUUCUGAGUGUUUAUCUAGAUAUGAUCUCCACGUUUUGAGUGUGUUUGAUACUUUAGGAAUAGUGUUUCUUUGAUUUCGCUUGUUUUUAGAACUUUUAAAUGAACCUGGAUGAAUUGUGAACGUGUGUUUUUAGAGUCGUAAAAAAUGCAUUUUUAUUUUUGAGUUUAGCUGGAUUUAUUUGAAACUUGAAAAUAUCGAAGUCAAUUGCUAUUCACAGUAAGGCUUCAGGGAUAAAAAAGCUCUAGAAUAGUCUAGAUAAGUCUUCUUCACUUGUUCAAAGUCAGUGAUUUCUUUCCUAUAUUCUUAAGUGCAAAGUAAUAAAUAAAAAAAUAUUGGCAUUUUUCAAGUUAAGUAAGAAAAAUUUUAUAUACGUUCAUAUUUUUAAUGAAAUAAAGUUUUUAUUUUUAUUUAAGUAAUUUUAUUUUUCGAAUUUUAUAAAAAAAAGUUUUAAGGAGUUAAAGAAUUUAACAUACAAAGGAUAUACUAGAAUAAAUUCAAUUCGUUACUCAGACAUGUCAUUAUUAUUUUCUUUACAAUUGAUGCUGUUGUUAUUUUCGUUAACUUGCAAGACAAGUGGUCAAAAAUUAUAACAUAUUUAUAAUUCAUUGAUCUGGAAAGCAGCAUUAAACGUUAAGUAAAUCCUAGCACAAAAGCUUUAUUACAUUCUCUGAAAAUUAGAAGAUUUGGAUAUUAUUUCUAAAAUAUGGAAACAUCAAUAAAUGUAUAUUUUUUCAAAAUUGAACUAAGUUUAUAAAUUCAGAAAUGUAUGCUUAAUAUAUCUUUCAUACGUUAGCUACGAUAUUCAAACCUUGACUCAGAAUCUAUUUCAGUUUGAAGUCACAUGUUCGUAUCUGUCUGACGUAAAUUGUUAAAUAUUUGUUAUGAAAAUUGUCUAUUGUUACUUAGAAUUCCAUCUAAGAACGUACAGGAUCAAGUGUACUUUUACAAAUAAACUACGCUUUGUUAACAUGACACUUCAUCCCCAUAAAACCCUGUACGUUUUUGAGACUAUAGAUGUGAUAAUUUAAGUAACGUGAAACAACAAUGGAGCAUUCUUCAAUGACUGCUAAUAUCAGUGAUGCAGUCUACUUCACGACGGAUGAUGAGAACCUCACUAACGGUUCAGAAGUACUGGACUUCCAUUUGCCUGGUGGCAACAGCUCUUGGGUGAGUGUUGAACCCGUUCCCAAAGCUGUGGAAGCUCUCAUGUAUAUUAUGUACAUAGUCAUUUCAGUGGCAGCCAUUGGUGGGAACGUCAUUGUGUGUUACAUUGUAUUCGCCUACCAAAGGAUGCGCUCUGUCACGAACUUUUUCAUUGUCAACUUAGCCGUCGGUGAUAUUCUGAUGGCCUGCUUGUGCAUACCAUUCGGAUUUGUGUCAAACUUACUGCUCCAGUAUUGGCCUUUCGGGGCUAUCAUGUGUGUUGUCGUCAGUUACGCCCAAGCGGUGUCCGUCUUCAUCAGUGCUUAUACCCUAGUGGCCAUCAGCUUCGACCGCUACAUUGCCAUCUUGUACCCUCUGCGACCCAGGAUGACGAAAUUCCAAGCAAAGCUCAUCAUUGCACUAGUGUGGCUGGUGGCACUGUUGACUCCUUUGCCGACAGCCAUCAUGUCCAAGCUGGAUCAGCCUCAAGAGUGGAUUGAUCUUAACCUGACCGAUCGCUACACAUGCACGGAAGCAUGGGAGUCACCUACUCAGCGCUAUUACUACAGCAUGGCCCUGAUGGUGUUGCAGUACUUUUUCCCGUUGGCGGUCCUUAUUUACACAUAUACCAGAAUCGCCGUGGUGGUCUGGGGCAAGAGAACACCAGGAGAAGCGCAAGACGCCAGAGACCAGAGGAUGGCUGCGUCGAAACGUAAAAUGAUAAAAAUGAUGAUUACCGUAGUAUCUGUGUUCACUCUCUGCUGGCUUCCUCUGAACGCCCUGAUAGUGGCAGGCGAUGAACAUGAUUUCAUCUGGCAAUAUCCCAACAUCCACUAUAUCUGGUUUGUUUGCCAUUGGCUGGCCAUGAGUAACGCCUCCUACAACCCCAUCAUCUACUGCUGGAUGAACUCCAAGUACCGCGAAGGCUUCAGGCACGUGUUCUACAAGGUUUUCUGCCUGACAGGCGAGGACCAUCGAUUCAAGGGCUCCCUGCAUCGAAAUGGAUUGCACAGGUAUACCAACAACACCGUCUAUACCAGUAUUCGUUCCACUGGGUUCCAGAGGGGGUCCCAGAGUUCAAGCCAUAAGGGUUCCUUCAGGAAUCAAAAGCAACAGCACAACAGGACGGAGAGCCUGUUGAUUCGUGGAGAACAUAACGAGAAGUUCUCACAGAACCUAAAUGGGCAUUCCAAGAACUGCUUGGACUCUCCUGUUUGAAAAGAUCUCUGAAGCAUUUACCAUAUAUAAGACUCAGCAGUUAGGUUAGAUGUGUUCGUGCAUACACAAAUUGUGAUUAAUUAUUUCUAUGUUCAUUUUCUCCUUCAUUUUUACUAGAGAAAGCAAAUGGGAUGUAGAUGAAUGGAAUCACUGAAUAAGUGGAAUGAUUGCAUAUUUGCAAAUAUGUCAUCAUCCGAAGUAAACCUCCUACACUAAAAUUCAUCUUUGCAAGCAUUCUGGAAGUUAUUAUAUUCCUUCUCCAAAGAGCGCGUUUGGUAAGGUGUGCUUAUCCACAUGCGAACCGCUGCCAUGACACUAGGAAACGUGGGUUCUAAGUCUGGGUUAUAAAAAUGAUGUGCUAGUACAUCAUACUUUUCUAUACGUGAUAAACACGGAUCUCCUUAUUAUCUGCAAUGCGUGGUCAAAAUAUGGGAAUUUCUUGACUGUAAAAGUAACGAUAAGCCUUUGUUCCUGCUCAUUCAUCAAUUUCACAAGCACCUAACAAGAUUCUCUUACUCCCCCUGUAAAUAAAAUGUGGCAGUCAGAAUAUAGAAGCUUAUUUACUACUCUGAAGGAACCACCAUUCAGUUUAUUCUGCUAUGACAGCGUGGAAAAAAAAAAUGGAUGUUGCAAAAUGUUCUUGGCAUGUCAGUUUGUGGCAAUUUAUAAACGUGCAUCUACGUAAAGAAACCAGGUAGUUUAAUCAAAUAACUAAAUAAAUACAUUUUAACUACACAAUGAAACGUUCUUUUGUAAGUUAUUUCGACAAUACUCUUCUUGAUAACUUCCCACUUUUUGAUAACCUCGCUCAUAAGCCAUACGGUCUGUCUCAAAAGUUUAGAAACAAUUGAAAGUUAUGUGUUAAUAGAAAGCGAUGCAAAAAUUAAACGAAAUAGGACAGUUCCAGAGCGUUGCCAUAUGAACGUGACUCAAAAUCUUUAACUUUCAAAUUGUACCUGCUUAAGAAACUGAACAAUUUAAAAGCAGCAAACACACUCCUAACCUAUAUUUUGUAAAGAUUAGAAAAUAUCUUUGGAGAAAUCUUCCAAAAAAUUCUAGACACUUGUAUAUUAUGUUAUGCUAUUUUGCAUUUUUCGUAUAUACAGCUUAUGUUUCCGUUGCGCGGAAAGUAAUACCUUUAAUUUAGUCUACACCAAGGAGGUUAGAAUAAAUGGAGUAAACCUCGCUCGUAAGUCCCAUACGAUGAAAAUGAAGCCAUGAAAUGACCUCACGACUUAUCAAAGCCGCCACCAUAAGUGGACUUCUAGUUUUGUUUACAUUCUUAUCGGUGUUGUCUUGAUCAGGAGUUCUCAAACUUUUCAAAUUGUGAAUCACAUAAAUAUGACACAAAAAUAUAUGUACCACCAAUAAAGCAUAUCGCCAUUAAAAAUCAAUGCAUCCUAAAUGGAAUGUAUAUAAUAAAAGAAUAAAAAUCUUUAAAUUUAUAUUAUUUAAUUAUAUUCGUAAAUAACACUUUUGCAUUACAAUAAAAUAUAAAUGAGUAUACUACGAGUAUAUAGAUAUAAAUUACAAUUGUGGUAAGUAGUAAUAAUACAUAUAUUAAGCAAAUAAUAUAGUUGUACAAAACAAAGAAGACACCUGAGUCACAAGGUCAGCACUGACUAAAUACAUUUUUAAAAAAAUGUAUACAUUCUGCCUUUUUGACAUUUUAGAUAUUACAAGGUUUAAGAAAAUGGUGAACGUUGUGAAAUUUAGCCAGUUUCCUUGGAAAAGUUAUCAUUUCAACAUUCAAGCUAGAGCCGUAAAAGCCUAAAACUUAAAAAAUAUAUGUGUUUCUGAAUAAUAAAUAUUAAAACAAAAUGUUAAAAGGAGCGUUAUUUUGCAUUCAUUUUAAACAUUCAUUUAAUAUUUUCUGUAAAAAUUCUACCAUUAAAAAUAUUGUAAUGUGCCACCAGUGGUACAUGUACCACAGUUUGAGAACCGGUGGUCUAGAUGCUAGCGCUUCAUCAAUGAACAUUUAUAAGUCUCCUGUUCUAAUUUUGAUACUUAACAUAAGAGAUUUUUCUAUUUAGUAUAUAAAAAAAUCACAAGUAUUGCAAAUAACCACUUUAAGUUUAAUAAAAUCUAGGUACGUGAGAAUGUGUAAAUGGUAUCUAUAAAACGAAUAUACACAUAGCAACACCUGGAAGAUCAGUAAAAGUUUCAAUGGUAUUUUAUGCAAAUUAUAUCUACACUUUUCUCACUGCGGAUGUUGAUAUAUGCUCUCGAAGUCAAUGUAAUUUUAUUUAACAAUAUGCUUCGUAGUUUUAUCUGCACGCUGUAUGGCAUGAUAAGUCGUGACAUCACGCUGCUGACAUUUCCUUUGCUUCAUUUCUGUGACGUCAGGCUUACUCCAUCUAUUAUAAUCUUAAUGGUCUGCAUACAGCUCGUAAGUGGCAAGUUCUGAAAGUGUUGCCAUUCGGAAGACUAUAAAAUAAUUAAUUUAUCUUUCAAAUAUAAAUCAUAUGUAGUUCUUAGCAAGCAGAAGGAUUUAAAGGCAACUAACACGCAUCUUAAUAACUUAAAUCUUUACUUUGUGUUUCCAAAUACCUGUGAUUAAUGUAGUACAAAAUACAUUUAUUCUAUAAUACAUGUAACUGAUAAUUUUAUGAAGUAUUACUGAAACUAAUAAAAAAUCUUUCUAACGUCAUCUACAUCAUAACUCCUACAAAAUCGUUCGAACUUUACAAAAAAUUCAAGUUUUGAGUUGCAUCAAAACAGAUAAAAAAUUGGAAAAUUAAGUUAAAAAAAAAAAACAAAACUUCAUAAAUUAACUAAUUGGAUUGCAACACAAACCAUCAUUUUUAGAACAUCAAUUAGUAAUUAGUGAAGCUAUUAAUGGAACAAAACAGUUCUCUCCGUUUUAAAAUAUCAUCAAUUAAACAUUUUUUAACAAAAUGCUUUUAUGUAAGAUAUCUUUUUUUUUUUUUUUUUUUUUUUUUUUUUUUUUUUUAAUUUUCGUGUAAAAUUCACAUGUUUUAUUUUUUGUAUAUUUCAUUACCGCUGAAUUCUGUUUUCUGUUGGAAUUUUAUUCGCAGUUUUUGUUAGAGCCUAAAUUUUGAGACAGACUGUGUUGGUGUUUGUUGAUAAUUACCGCCACCUGUAACUUUUAUUUUAUUUAAUUAUUGUUUCGUAAAUUUACUCUUUUAUAUUAAGUCAAUAUAAAUUUUUCCAGCAGUUCAUGAAAUUUGAUUUAAUUUGUCUGCAAAGCUUUUUUACAUUUAAAUGAAUGAACCAGAAAUUCUUUGAGUAUUCUUUAUAUGAUUUUCGAUCCUAAACGAAAGGUAAAAAUAAAUAAAUAAGAAAGUGAACACAUAACUCUUUUAAUAAAAUUUACAUUUGAAAGAAAGGAUUACAGAAACUCAUUACUCAGCGUCGUUCAAAUAUCUUCUGUUUAAUAUGUGAAUGUAAAUUUUAUGCAAUAGAUUUACGAAGCAGUACAUGACAUCUUUCUAUGUUCUUGGAAAAUCUCUUUUGCUUGAUUGUUAUCUAAGUAUUAUUGAAUUUAAAUUGCAUACUCUGUUCAUCUACAAAGUUUUAGAACUGAAUAUACAUAAAAACUGAGGUUUAAAGAAAUAAUCUUUAUCAAUAUUUAGUCGUCUGCGGGAAUUUAUUCUGAUGUUAUAGCAUAUUCAUAAAUCUUCUAUAUUGUUUCUUAAAAAUCAGCUUUUGAAAUAUUCUUUCUUUGCGUUGUUGGGGUUUUCUAAAAGAUUGAGGUGAAACGUUUUCAAAACUGUGCCUUUUAAUCUGAGAUCAUUUGAAGUAUUUAUACAGAUCUUAAAUCCAGCGAGUAUGGAUGAUAAGCAUUAUUAUAAAUUUUUUAUGUCUUUGCAAAUAGUUCUAUUUGGCGAUGAAAGUAGUAUUUUUCUUCUUGACCCUUUCAGCGCGUGACAGAAAGCAUCAACUACUUAAAAAAAAUAAAAGAAUUUUCCUCGUUUCCUUUUCGUAAAAUUAGGAUAUUUUGUGGCAACAAGUUUACAUGUGUUAAUUAUCAUUGUCCUAGUCAUUGUUUGCCGGCCUCCUUAGCGUGACACAAAAAGUCGUUCUAAAACUUUGUAGAUACACUGCGCAUAUGUUCUCUUGUACAUAUUCUUUUAUGUUUCAUUGUGAACUUUGAGGAUAAUGGAAUAAAUAGCACGGGUAAAUCUGGACUAAGUACGAAGGACUGAUUGUUUCUCUGUACGCAUUUUUAACCCUGUCACUCUUAUCAAAUACGUAUUUUGUGACUCGCACUCAUACACUCCUGAUGAAGCUCUGUUCUUGAAUAUUUAAAGUCGUAAGCUAUUUGUACACAUCAUAAUGGUUUUUGUUUUGUUAAGAAAUGUGUCAUUGUAAUAGUGUUUUUCAAAAUCAUUUUUUAAUUAUUUUUAAAUUUGCAUAAAUGUUUUAUUGUGUAUUUCAUGAACUGAAAAUGAACCCCAAAUGCAUUUGAUGUAAAUUUGAAUAAAUGUUCAUAAAUGA